GUCAUAUGUCUCAUACAUAUUUGUCUUUCUCUUUUUCCCCUUAUUUUCACAUGUAUGUAGAGUAGUUGUGUGUCCUUAGAAGAAAUUAACAAUUUUGGAAAUAUCAAUCUAACUUUCUACCUGUUUUACUGGUUGAAUAUCAUUGAUUGAAGCCACAACAAAGUAAGCAUGGAGGAAUAUACAAGAGAACCUUGUCCAUGGCGGAUUGUUGAUGAUUGUGGUGGAGCUUUUACAAUGGGGCUUAUAGGAGGUGGAGUGUUCCAGGCCAUAAAAGGAUUCAGAAAUGCUCCCAGUGGUUUAUCAAAACGUUUCCAAGGCAGCAUAGCUUCAGUGACUCAGAGAUCUCCAAUCAUUGCUGGAAACUUUGCAGUAUGGGGCGGUAUGUUCUCAACAAUUGACUGCACGUUGGUACACAUACGGAAGAAAGAAGACCCCUGGAAUUCAAUCAUUAGUGGAGCAGCAACUGGAGGUAUUCUGGCUGCAAGAAAUGGUGUUCCAGCGAUGGCAGGGAGUGCCUUCAUCGGGGGCGUCCUACUCGCUCUCAUAGAAGGCAUCGGAAUUUUAAUGACAAGAAUCCAAGCCGACCAGUUCCAACCUGCACCCCCGACUUUAGAAGACCCAGCACAAUUAGGGGGCUCACCCAAUUAUAAUUAGAUUUGUUGAAGUUUUUUAAGUUUUAUAGUUGAUUGUUGACAAUAGGCUGUUAUAUGUAGUUCGCAUAAUUGUGAUUAACAAUUUGCGUUUUAAGCACAAUCAAAAAUCAUGAUUGAUUUUGAUCUCAUACAAUAUUUAAAAAAUGGGAACUAUGAAACAAUUUAUUUUCUGUUAAUGUUUGAAUCAAAUUUGAAUCAAAUUAUUGACAUCCUUAUAUAUUUCUUUUCUAUAAAAUGUCAUGACUUUUUCUUUAAAAAUUAACAGGUUUCAAAGUUAUGAUGUUUUUGUGUCUGACUUCAUCGAUCUUAACAUGAGUGUAUUUUGUUCCCAGAUUGAGUCUUUGACUUACUUAUAUUUCAUGAUAACCUAAUAGUUUCUUUGGCCAUAAAUGAAAAUGGUAUAAAGUUUUCAUCACAUAAUUAUUACAGAAUCAGUAUGUCUAUUCAGGUAAAUUUCUUACUGUACUCAAUUUUAAAACCGGUGUUUGUUACUUAUUGCUAUAUCAGCACACUAACUAAAGUAACUUAUCUUAAUUCAUACUAUUGUGUUUUUAACACAAAUCCCUUACCAUAAUUUAAUUACAUAAUAAAGUAUCAUUUGUAUUUUCAUUUCCACUUUACACUUUUCAGGAAGUUGAAAUAUUGUUUAAAAAUAUUUUUGAUGCAUUGUGUGUGAAUUACAGUUUAUAAUUUGGACUCUAAUUAAUUUUCUUCUGAAUUUUUUAUUGAGAUCAUGUAAUUUAGUCAGUUGUGUAACAGGAUUGAAAUAGUUUUGAAAAGUUUUACAGGUUUUCAAAUAUUUAAAUUUAAACAGAAUAAAAUGUAAAUUAAUGUCAUAAUUUAGCUCAUAAUUGCCCUGUGUAAAUAUGAUUAUAUUCUUUUUUUUUAUUACAAACCAUGAAAUUGAGUCUUCUUAUAUUUAAAGAGUUCGAAUCACAUAAAGCUUCCUAUUCUGAAUUAAAACUGUAUCUUUUACGAACAAUGCUAUCUGACAGUCAUUGUAUAGCUGUUUUUACCAUCUCUGGAUUGUGGUUAUGUCUAACUAAUAUUUUACAUUGUGGCAGUCUCUCUUGACACUACUUGGAGACACCUAAAUGUAGAGUACAUGCCGAUGUGAUAAUAAUACCAAAAUUUACUAAAUGGUGUCAUAUUGGCACGUUAGAUAUAGCAAUAUAUCUAGACCCAUUGUAAAUAAUAUAUACAUAAUAAAUUUUUUAUUUAUA